UUCUAUAUGAAUAGCUUUCAAAGAAUCUUGGAAUAUUAGGGCCAUGGAAAAGAUCUUGAAGAUCUUACACCUUAACUUGCAUAUCUACUUCUUUUGCCUCCAUUGCCACCUCUGAGAGUUGAGAGCUUUGUAUUUCUUUUUGUAAAAUGUUUUCUUUACACGAAGUGAUGAGCUGUUGUUUCAGAUUUCCUCUAAUGACCGCCAACAACUCGCAGUUCGACAAGAUCUGAUCCUACCUGACGCUUCAAUGGACGACAGUAAUAUUGACAACGAUAAAGAAAGGGGCCGGCGCUGGAAACCAUCAGGUACUUCGGGUAACUGGGAGAAAACUGAAGACAGCGACAAGAAGACGAUGCAUCGGGAAAUGGAACGGAAAAGAAGGAAAGACAUGUCCGAACUUCAAGGGUCUCUGAGAUCUUUUCUCCCUCUUGAAUACAUCAAGGGAAAGCGUUCGAUGUCCGAUCACAUGAACGAGGCUGUGAAUUAUAUCAAACACCUUCAGAAUAAUAUUAAAGAACUGGUUGACAAGAGGGAUGAGCUAAAGAAGCCGUCCAAUUCUAUUGCCCUUGAACCUGAGAAUGAAACCUUAACUUCCUAUCAGAGAACUUGUGUUAUGAUCCGACCUUGUUUGGGUGGGGUUGAGAUUAUGGUCAGUAGUAGCUUGACAGAUCAAGGAUUGCCUUUAUCAAGAGUGCUACAAGUACUGCUUGAGGAAGGGAUUGCUGCUGAUAGAUGUAUUUGUACCAAAGUUAAUGAAAGGUUAAUCUUCACUGUCCGAACUGAGGGUGGUGAUAUGACACGUGUAGAUCUACAAGGGCUGCAACAUAAACUAACUGAGGCAAUUCCUUUACCAAAGAAAAUUCCCUAGUAAUUAUUUGUUGUUCAUGUUAAAUUUUUUAUCAUGUGAUGUUCCCCAUCAUGGGCGUGAGAAAGUACUUCUUGGAAUGUGAAAACGGUUGCUUUCCUUUAUAACAUCUUCGAAAACAUUAGUGCCUUAUGAUCAUAUCUUCGAUUGAUGAGUAGUUAUCUACAGAAAAAAUAGCUAUCUCUCAUCACAUGAUGUGCAAGAGAAAAUUCCCCUGGUUUACAUUGGCUGCAUGAUAUAUAAGCUUGAUAUCUUGGCUAGCUCAUAGCUAGGCUCCAAGAAUAAGUUGAUAAUGGUUCCAUUGGAUGUAAAGAACAGCAAGAUUAUCCGUGUUUUGUUCAGUUACUUACUCGCCUGGCCUCUACAAUCUUGUGCUGGAAGUUUUUACAUGUAGUUUUUGGAACCAAAGUACACAUAAAGUGAAGAACCUUAUAUUAAUUGCUACUGCAUCACCGUGGUGACAAAGAAAUAAUGAGGUAGCGCAGCAUGCAUAAGAGAUCAUCGACAAUUGUUGAUGUUGAUCUAGGCAGCCUCUAGGAUGUGGUCACAAACUUGGAUCAACGUCCCUUAUAAUUCUUUUGUAUACUGUUUGGAGACUAGUGUUUUCUUUUGGUGAUACUUGGAUAUUUAACUGCGAGAGCCUAGGCUCCAGACUGAUGGACUUAAUCCUUGCCGCUGUAAGUAAAAUUUGAUCAUGUGCUGUCCAGGAAGGCGAAAAUAUUCCAUUGUACGGCCAUGAACAAUAUAUGUCUUGUAGAUGCAAGGAUUUGUCAACCAUCUUGAUGAG